AAACUCGGAGAGAAAGACUGGCAGACGCUUUACAAGUGGCUUGUGAUGAUCGGUCCGCACAACCGGAAAAACCUCAGGAGGAUCGAAAUAUGCUAUUGCUGUCUGGAAUGGGCUCCCAUACUGGAAGAUGGACGUCCAGGUAAAAGGUGGGUGACCGACCUUCGCGAUUUAGAUGUAUACCGGCCUCUUGACUGGGAAAAUCUGUCGCCAACGGGUGAAUGGGUGGAGUACAUCAGUCCAACGAUCGAGAAGAUAUUCAAGCUGCUUGGCGAGUGUCGCAAUGUUAUAGUCACGAUCGAUUGCUGGGCAAACGAGCUUGGUGGCAGAGUGUUGUUCCCUGAAUUAUACGUCGCGGAGCAAGGGACUGGGUACCCAAAUUCUAGGUGGUUCGAUAUGUCAUUCCAGACUUGGUAUGACCUCUAUAUUACCUGUGAGGAGCAGCCGGAUAUCGACUUUGAUGGGGACCUCUACGGUGAGUAUAACUUUUUCGGACCACUCGAUAUGUCGUUGAUACCAGAUCUGGUGGAGCUCUAUCGGACUCGAUACGGCGAGGAUUCCAUCAGCGUGUUGUGGACGGGUGAAAUAAUGAUUUUCACAACAGAGGAGAGGAGCUGGAGAAUUAACAUGAUUGAGCGUUCCGGAUGGGACAUACUUCAGUCGAAAUGUCGUUAUUUAAGCGCUAUCUCUUCAGCUCCGAUGACGGAAGUGGUAACUAUGCAGUUGAAAAGAAGGUCGAAGAAUCUGCAGGAAUUGGCAACACAGUCGUCUGGAGAUCUUGAAGCUGAUCUCAAUUUGUGUAUGCGGUGCUCUGAUGAUGCGGGCUAGGGUAUGGUGUGUCACUUGGCUGUAUGAUUGCAUGUAUAUCUGUCGACAUGAGGUGGCUAUAACUGUGAUACCUUCCACGGUUGCCGACAAAGUUGGCCAUUGAGUGACUUGGUGCAUUUGCUAAUAUUUUUUGAUCGUGGAACCAAUAGAAUAUGAUGGCAGCAUUGAAUACUUUGUUUAUUCCAGAGUUGACCAUUAGAAAUCAAGGGGUCUGUUCCAGGAUCUUGUCAUAUUGACGCAAAUCCAAGACGCGCAGCUAGAGAUUCGCAGGCAAAGGCCGAUGACAAUGAAUCAAAG